AUGUCGUCUCCCACCCCCGUCCCGUCAAAGGCCGCGAUCCACGCACUUCGAGGUCUUCUCUUCGGAACCUCUUGCUCUUUGGUGUUACUAGCUGAGGAGCGCCGUCAGCGCAUAAAGCUUGCUCGAUCCGCUGUGGAAAACGGCAGGAGAUUGAAGUCUAUCAAACGAUAUAGUUCCAGCGGAGUCGCCGCCCUCGAGGUCCUCCAGGAAGAAGCCGCCACUGAUCCUAACUUCAUCGGCUGCUCCCGAUGCACGGCGACCAACGAGAGCGGCAAGCGAACGGACUGCCUCAAGAACUUCCCCAGAACAAUCAGUAACAUCAAAUCAACGCGGGCGAUCCGCUUCCAAUGCCGCGAAGAGAUGCAGCAAUGA